AUGAAGAAAGACAUUGAGACGUUAAUAGCUGAGGAACGAGCUGACAUCAUUUUGAAAUAUGCAAAGGGCAGACAGGGAGGGGUUGAAAUUGACCCCUGGGAAGAUGCCAACUACAACAUCUAUAAAGUUAUCGAUCGCCUCGGCUUCAUGCAUGAAGAUGAGCUCCCUGCUCCAACUGCAAAUGAAGAAAAGCUGAAGCAACUAGAGGUAGAGAGAGCAGAGAAAUGGCUGAAGAUGGUAAAGAAGUGGGAUAAAUACAAAAACAGUGACAGAAUGGUGAAACGGGUGUACAAAGGGAUUCCUGUGCAGCUAAGAGGACAUGUCUGGUCUCUGAUGUUGGACGUGGAGAACACAAAGAAGGAUAAUGAGGGCAAAUAUGAGAAAAUGAAGGAGCAAGCUAAACUGUACUCAUCUGAGAUCAAACAGAUUGACCUUGAUAUCAACAGGACCUUUCGCAAUCAUAUCAUGUUCAUGGAUCGCUUUGGAGUCAAACAGCAGUCCCUCUUCAACGUUCUGUCCGCAUAUUCGGCUUACAACACAGAAGUGAGCUAUUGCCAGGGCAUGAGUCAGAUCGCCGCACUGCUGCUCAUGUACAUGAACGAGGAAGAUGCCUUCUGGGCUCUGACACAGCUGCUGACAAACCAAAAACACGCAAUGCAUGGAUUUUUUGUUCCCGGGUUCCCCAAACUUCAGCGAUUCCAGGCACAUCAUGAUCAGAUCAUUUCCAAACUCAUUCCCAAACUAAAGAAACAUAUGGACAAAGAACAAAUGUCUGCUGGCAUUUACAGUACUAAGUGGUUCUUACAGUGUUUCAUUGACAGGACACCCUUUACUUUGACCCUUCGCCUCUGGGAUGUUUACAUCCUGGAGGGAGAGAGGCUCCUCACUGCCAUGUCUUACACCAUCUUGAAGAUACACAAAAAGCGUCUCUUGAAAAUGUCUUUGGAGGGGCUCCGUGAGUUCCUGCUCGAGCGAAUUGCUCAGACUUUUUAUUACGGUGACGAUACAGUCAUUGAACAACUGCAAGCCUGCAUGACAGAAUUGCGGAAGAUGAAGCUGGAUCUUCCUCCUCCAGGAAAAGCUGAAGAGUUACCGCGGAAGCCUUUGGGCCAGGAGCUACCAUUGUUGCUGAGUCCCCUGGAUUCAUCUAGAGGAAAGCACUGUUCAGUCAGUGAUUGUCCCAAAGCAGGACUCAGCCUCCACAUAAUUUCCAACCAACCAGAUUCCAUUUCCCCAGACCAGAGCCCCUCCAAAGACAUUAAUGAUCUACAUCCUGCUGCUGAUGAGGAGGUUCCUCUUCCUUCCCCAGACCCUAUUAUUAUUCACAGUCAGGCCCUUUACACCACAGAUGACUUCCCACUGACAGGGCCACCGCCUUACCAGCCCCUAGAGAGCCAAACACCCAGAACUGCUGGACGGCUGUCUCAGUCUUAUGAGUGGAAGAUGGAGGCGCAACCUGAUGACUCAGGACUACAAGAAAUACAUGCGACAGACAGCCUCACUGACAUAUCCUCAAGCAGGGUCCUGAGGACGCUUUCAGCCCCCAUAGUUCUUGCUCAGUCAGUAAGUGAGACCACACCAGGGAAAACAGAGGAGAGUUCCCUAGCCCAACAGAUGGAUUCCCUGUCCUCCAUUAGGACCCUGAGCCAGGACCAGCCCUGA